CCGGCCGCGACCCCGGGAGCCGGCAAGUCCCGGCCCCCGGGCCUCCCCUCGCCGGCCUUGUGCUGCGCCUGCGGCCUGUGCGUCAUGCUGGCGGGCAUCAACCUCACCCUGGUGGGCGCCUUCGCCUUCGGCACCUUCCUGCCGGGCCACAACCCCCCCAUCGUCAUCGGCCCCGUCCUGCUGCUGCUGGCCAUCUCCUUCUUCGGGGCCUGCUGCGUCUGUAGCCGGCGACCGACCGGGGCCGGGCCCGCGGGCCGCGGGGGCAAGGGUCCCUCGGGCUCGGGCCUGGGCCUGGGCCUGGGCCGGGCCGGGCUGGCGGGCUUCGAGCUGGAGACCAGCGAGCACACCGUGCAGGACACUACGGCCAUCCAGCUCAGCCCGGCCAACUCGCCCAGCUCCUCUCGCAGGUCCACGCCGGUGCAGGCCGGGCCCGGGGCCUGCGGGCUCUUCACCAUGGAGGGCCUGGGCCCGCUCGCCGCCAACGGGCCCGCGGGCGAGGGCGCCCACCUCAACCUGCCCCGGGAGCCCGUCGGCUCCUAGGGUCGGGGGUGGCCUCGGC